AUGUCGAUCAUCAUUGAAAAAAUUCUUGCGGCAGCGCCGACCACAGAGCGAGGCCGACCCACCCAGCUUUCCGCGGAUCCCAAAGGAGAACGGAUAGCCUACGCCUCCGGCAAAUCCAUUUUCCUGAGGUCUAUCGAUGAUCCUUCUGUCAGUAAACAGUACAAUGCCCACACGACCCAGACAUCCGUCGCUCGCUUCUCCCCGUCCGGGUUCUACGUUGCGUCUGGAGAUGUUUCGGGUGCGGUGAAGGUGUGGGACGCUGUGGAGGGGGUCAACACGAAGGGCGAAUACCAUAUCAUCUCUGGAAGAAUCAACGAUAUUGCCUGGGAUGGAGACUCGCAGCGGAUCAUCGCUGUUGGUGAUGGGCGGGAACGGUUUGGACACUGCAUAACGGCCGAUAGUGGUAACUCGGUAGGGGAAGUCAGUGGUCACUCCUCAGCCAUCAAUUCGGUCUCGAUCCGCCAGCAAAGACCUCUACGGGCAUCUACUGGAGCCGAUGAUAGUAGUAUGGUGUUCCUGCACGGCGCUCCUUUCAAAUAUGCGAACAAGCUUGGUGGGCUGCAUAAGGGAUAUGUUUACGGUGUUGGAUUCUCACCGGAUGGGAAUCACCUUGUUAGUGUAGGUGCGGAUCGCAGAAUUCAGCUCUACGAUGGCAAGACUGGGGAGGCUACGUCUCAAAUUGGCGAGGGUGAACAUAAGGGGUCUAUAUUCGCGGUCUCGUGGGCCAAUGACUCUAAGCGGGUGGUCACGGCCAGUGCGGAUCAGACUGUCAAGCUGUGGGAUGUGGAAGCUGGAAAGGCAGUUCAGACUUGGAAGUUUGGGGCAGGAAAUGUUAGUGUUCCAGACCAUCAAGUCGGUGUUGUGUGGCCAGCUGGACGAAGUGAUGGUAUGGUCAUCAGUUUGAACUUGGCUGGAGACCUCAACUAUCUCGUUGAAGGGAGCCAAGCUCCCACUAGAGUCGUUCAGGGCCACAAUAAGAGCAUUACUGCCCUCGGCUCAAGCUCGGAGGGAAAAGGGCAGACAUUCUGGACUGGUAGCUUUGAGGGGAGAGUUUGCUCUUGGGACGCAGAUGCUGGUAUUGGUUCAGCAGUCGAUGGAGAAACACACAAGAAUCAAGUGACGGCUUUCCAGACUACCCCGGGUCGGGCAUAUAGCGUUGGGUGGGACGAUACACUGAGAAUCUCAGACUCAGCCGGAAACACUUUCCUAGGUCAGACUUCGAAACUUAGUGCACAGCCGAAAGGGUUGGCUUCCGCAGAUGGCAGAGUCUUUGUCGCAACCAACUCAGGGAUCGACAUAUUCUCCGAGGAUAGCCUGGUUGGUAGCGUACCCACAAAGGACUUCACACCUACCUCAAUUGCGGCUUCAGGAUCGCUCGUCGCGGUUGGAGACGACACGAACAUCGUGCAUAUCUAUGGCGUGGAUGGAAGCGACAAGCUGACUCCAAAAGAGACGCUUACGAGAUCAACGGCGCAAAUCACAGCACUUACAUUCUCGCCUGAUGGGUCGUUGCUUGCUGUAGGCAACUCAGCAGGCAAGAUCGUAGUCUACGACACUAGCUCGUGGGAGGUCAAGACCGAUCGAUGGUCUGCCCACACUGCCCGAAUUACGAGCAUCUCAUGGAACGCCGAAGGAACGCAUGCUGUAAGUGGUGGUCUGGACACGAACGUUUUCGUUUGGAGUCUCAAGGCCCCGGGCAAGAGAGUCAAGGCCGCGAAUGCACACAAAGAUGGUGUGAACGGGGUCGCCUGGGUUGAUGGUGGGAAGAAGAUCGCCAGCACAGGAGGGGAUGCCGCACUGAAGAUCUGGACAGUUUCUGGUGUCGAAUAG